CCAACUUCGGCCCAUGGCCUGUAUCUGAGCCAAGCAAGAUCAGUCCUUGCCAUUUUUUUUUUCCCAGUCGCUUCAGAUCCCAUGAGAUUCCUCCGGUCAAUGAAACUCUAGUUUCUCUGCAAUCUCCGGUGUGUGCUCAGAUAGUGAAAUUUAGGGAAGAUGCAGCACACUCCAGUAACAAUAGAGGACCAGUUAAUAUCGAAAGCUGUAAGAGAAGAAUGUCAAUGGGAAAACCUCCCAAAACGACUUCAAUCGAUCCUUGGGUCUAAGGAUGAAUGGCAUAGAAGGGUUACGGCGCAUUGUAUAAAGAAAAGACUCCUAUGGAAUACGUGUUUUGCUUGUAAAGUUUGCAAAGAAGGUGAAUAUUAUGAAGAUAUGAUGCGUUACUUGCGAAAGAAUCUGGCGCUCUUUCCGUAUCACCUUGCAGAGUAUGUUUGCCGUGUGAUGAGGAUAUCACCUUUCAGAUACUACUGUGAUAUGAUAUUUGAAGUCAUGAGAAAUGAGCAACCUUAUGACAGUAUUCCAAACUUCAGUGCGGCAGAUGCUUUCCGGCUUACAGGAAUAGGGAGGAAUGAGUUCAUUGAUAUCAUGAAUAAAUGCAGAUCUAAGAAAAUAAUGUGGAAGCUGAACAAAUCGAUUGCAAAAGACUUUUUACCUACUCUACCUGUGGAUUUCCCUAUUGACCCUUGGUGGGGUGUUUGCCUUGUCAACUUCACCAUAGAAGAGUUUAAGAAACUUUCAGAAGAUGAGAUGGCGACAAUAGAUAAAAUCUGCAAAGAGGAAGCUAAUGCAUAUUUCCUCUUCGAUCCAGAAGUCAUAAAAGGCCUGUACCAGAGGGGAUUGGUAUAUUUUGAUGUCCCAGUCUAUCAGGACGACCGCUUUAAAGUUUCAAAGCUUGAAGGGUUCAUCUCUAAUAGAGAGCAGUCUUACGAAGAUCCCAUUGAAGAAUUACUCUAUGCAGUUUUUGUUGUUUCAAAUGAGAACUCAACAGUUGCAGAGCUGGCAUCCACUUUGCAAGCUGACGUAACUCAAUUACAGGCUGCUGCAUCUUUUGUUUGCCGGCUGGGAUGGGCUGUCAAAUUAAUUGAUCCGUCAUCUGUGCUUCAUGACAAGAUUGGGUCUCCACGUGCCAUCCUCAGUGAUGACGAAGAUGCAUCUCGCGCUAGCAUAUCCUCUACCUACAGGUCUGCUGAUGGUGAGGAGGCUCAACAUGGAGAUAAUUUAGGGACUGAAAGCUCUGGAUCACGUUCUAGUCAUGUUCGGGUUGCUUUCAUAGUUGAUGCUAAUAUAACAUCGUAUCUAAUGAUGGGUUCUGUGUCACCAGGAUUGAAAUCUCAUGCUGUGACACUCUAUGAAGCGGGAAAACUCGGACACACUAGUAUCCCAGACCUUUGCCAGGAUUUGAGCACAUUAGAGGGAGCGAAAUUUGAGGGUGAACUGCAAGAAUUUGCAAAUCAUGCCUUUAGCCUUCGUUGUGUCCUGGAAUGUUUGAUAUCUGGUGGAGUUGCUACUGAUGCAAUAGUUGACACAAUGGGUUCGGGAACUUUGAGCAAUGAUGAGGCUGUUACUCUUCUUGCAGAUGUUAAUUUACCUGAUAAUUCCGGAGAUUCUUUAACUAGCCAAAUUAUUGAGGCUUCCAUGGUUUCAGAUGCCCCUCAAGAGGUUCCCUUGUCGACAGAGCAUGUCCCCGAAAGCACUAAGCAUGAAGCAGCUUCCAGUACACCGUCUGUCGAUACUACUGCCUUGACUGAGACCUUCAGUUCCAACCUUAACCUUCAGAAUGAGGGGAAGCCAAUUCCUGUAGAGGGACCCGACACCGGUAAAGGAAACAAGAAAAGGAAAAAAUAUCGCGUUGAUAUUCUCCGUUGUGAAAGUCUGGCUUCUCUAACACCAGCUACUCUAGAUCGUUUGUUUUCCCGUGACUAUGAUAUUGUUGUUUCAAUGAUUCCUCUUCCACUUACAACUGUUCUUCCUGGACCGUCAGGCCCUGUUCAUUUCGGUCCUCCCUCCCAUUCAUCCAUGACACAGUGGAUGAAACUGGUACUGUAUUCAACCGUGGGCAUUGGGCCUUUGUCGGUUAUCUUGAUGAAAGGGCAGUGUCUGCGGAUGCUUCCUGCUCCACUAGCUGGCUGUGAGAAAGCUAUCAUUUGGUCUUGGGAUGGAUCUUCGGUUGGUGGUUUAGGAAACAAGUUUGAAGGUAACUUGGUCAAAGGAGGUAUUCUGUUGCACUGUUUAAAUUGCCUUCUCAAGUGCUCAGCUGUUCUUGUUCAGCCUCUCAGCAAGCAUGAUCUUGAUAGCUCUGGAAGAAUUGUUACUUUAGAUAUACCAUUACCCCUAAAGAAUUCUGAUGGUUCCAUUCCUCAUUUUGGUGAUGAGCUUGGACUUCCCCUCGAGGAAAAUACAAAGUUGAACUCUCUUUUAACUAAGCUUGCGAACAAUAUGGAAUUGAAGACAGUCGGUUACAUUCGCCUUUUGAAACUCUUUAAAGCAAAGGAUUCAUUGAAGCAUUUUUCUCCCGACAAUGAUGAGAAGUAUGAAUGGGUCCCUUUAACCGUGGAAUUUGGGUUUCCACUUUUUAGUCCAAAGUUAUGCAACAAUAUCUGCAAAAGGAUUGUCUCAUCACAGUUACUUCAAGCAGAUUCGCUCAUGGAACAACACGAUGCAAUGCAAUGUAUAAGGAAAAGGUUGAAAGAUAUAUGUGCACUGUACCAAGCAACAGGUCCAGCUGCUAAACUUCUUUACCAGAAAGAACAAGCAAAGGAGCCUACACGUACUAAUAAGCUCAUGAACUACGCAAGUGGAAGGUGGAACCCACUUGUUGACCCGUCCUCACCAAUUUCAGGAGCCACAAGCGAAUUCCAACGGCUGAAACUAGCUAAUCGCCAACGUUGCCGGACUGAAGUUCUGAGCUUCGAUGGUAGCAUCCUUAGAUCCUACACCUUGGCACCAGUAUAUGAGGCUGCCACAAGGAGCAUUGAUGAGAAUGCACCUUUAAGUACAACAAAAUCAGAUUCUGAUGAAGCAGAUAGCCGAGAAGUGAUUCUUCCAGGACUAAAUCUUCUCUAUGAUGGUUCAGAGUUGCACCCUUUUGAUAUUGGCGCUUGCCUUCAGGCUCGUCAACCAGUUGCUCUCAUAGCAGAAGCUGCUGCCGCGUCUGCAUCCCUCGCCCCAAAGUAGACUAGUACUCAAAAAGAUUCUAAUCCAGAUUUCAUUGCACAUCAAGUAAAAGGUAAAUUAAUCAACUGAAAUCUUGAGUCUUAGCAUGUUCAAUGUAGCUCUGAGAAUUUGGUUUGCAUCUGCAUAUAUAGAAGUGGACAUUCGGUUAUUUCGGUUUCACUAAUUCAUGACUAAUUGUUUUCAGGUUGGAUUCAAACCGCUUGGUUUGUUGAAUUUAUAGUAUUAACUCUGUUGGAUUCGAUGCCAUUUUGCGGUUUGGUUUCCGGUUUUCAUUAGAUUCUUGCUUUACACUAAAAAACUAAACUUAAAGAUAGUUAUCUAACAACUAUUUUUAGUUUCUCACUAUGUAGUUUAUACAUAUAAGUAAAUUUCUCAAUAGUUUUGGUUUAUUCAGUCUGGUUACACUAAAAUUGGUUUCAAUUUCUUGGUUUUAAAAGAAUUCUUAACCAAUUUUGUUCGGAUUUGGUUUGGUUUUACCCACUGACCAAGAUCUAACUCCGCUAGAUGUAUUUGCAGGUCGGGUUCUUGUUUGUUUGUCUUACAUUCUGGCCGACUGGAAAACAUCCGCGGUGACCAUCAGACCAAACUGAUGCUGCCUUAUACCUAGCAAGGCAUUAGGAGUUUUACAAAUUUCUACAUUUGGGCCAUUUGGCUAACGAGUGAAUGAAUGUAUCCUUAUACCAUUUGUGUGCUUCGCUUGAAACUUUUUUGGAGACUGUAAUGUCAAGGAAGGUUGUGGUUAAUAGAGGAGUUAUAGAAGAGUUUUGGGUUGGGGGAUCAAGUAUGUUGCACAGAUUUUAUUUCAAUUUGUUCUUAACUAUCGAUGUCCAUCGAGGACGUUAAUCAGAUCAAAGUCUCUUUUUUUCCAAUACCAAAUUAUAUUUUC